AUGUUGCUAAGGACACAUGGGAAUUCCUCCUUGGUGACAGAGUUUAUCCUCGAGGGUUUGACUGACCGGCCAGAACUUCAGCUUCCCCUCUUCUUCCUAUUUCUAGGGAUCUAUCUGGUUACGGUGGUGGCCAAUUUGGGCUUGAUUACAUUAAUUUCAUUAAACUCACACCUUCACACACCCAUGUAUUAUUUCCUUUUAAAUCUAUCGUUCGUAGAUAUAUGUUACUCUUCUGUCUUUACCCCCAAAAUGCUCAUGAAUUUUGUCUUGGAGAAAAACACCAUCUCCUACACAGGGUGCCUGACUCAGCUCUAUUUCUUCUGCUUCUUUGUGAUUGCCGAAUGUUAUAUAUUGACUGCGAUGGCAUACGAUCGCUAUGUUGCCAUUUGCAAACCACUGCUAUAUAAUGUUAUACUGUCUCCUAGGAUCUGUACUUUGUUUGUGUUCGGGGCAUAUGUGAUGGGAUGUUGGGGUUCCCUAGCCCACACGCUCUGUAUGGCAAGACUGACGUUUUGUGAUGCCAAUAUCGUCAACCAUUAUCUGUGUGAUAUACUCCCGGUGCUACAGCUUUCCUGCACCAGCACCUACAACAAUGAGAUUGUGGUCUUUGUUCUGGUUGGCAUGAACAUUCUGGUGUCUACCGGCACCAAGUUCAUCUCCUACGCUUUCAUCAUCUCCAGCAUCCUGCGCAUCAGCUCUACAGAGGGCAGAGCUAAAGCCUUCAGCACCUGCAGCUCCCACAUCGUGACUGUCUCGCUUUUCUUUGGAGCAGCAGCAUUCAUGUACCUCCAACCCUCUGAUUCAGAGUCUAUGGACCAGGGAAAAGUGGCCUCAGUCUUUUAUACAAAUGUUGGGCCCAUGCUGAACCCCUUGAUUUACAGCUUGAGGAAUAAGGACGUCAAACUUGCUUUAAAGAAAACUUUGAAACGAAAAAUAUUUUCCUAAGCAGCAACAGAGCUCAUAUGAGCAACUUUUAGAUUACUUUAGAUUUAGAUUAUUCUGUUUUGUUGGAAUUUCUUCAUAAUAAAAUAGGAUGCAUUUUUUACCUUAAUUCAGAGCCUUUUCUUUCUUUGUAAAAAGAACUCCCUUAAUUCUUCCUCCUCUUCUCUUCUUAGCUUUUGUAAGUAUAAUUGUGUAAUUACAACAUUAAGGAAAAAGAUAAAUUAUUAUUUUCUCCCUGGUUACGUGAAAGGACAUUUACCUUUUGAAUAAAUGCUGUUGAUUCUGAGAUUUGUUUACGAGA